AUGUUUUGAGAUCGCAGGUCCAUCGAACGUCAAUGUCAAACAAUAUUUAGUGUGUAUUGUGAAAGUGUGCUCUGAAGACGGAUGAUUUUCUCACAAGCGUGAGAGGAGCAUUUCAGGCGAAAUGAAAUUCCAUAUCCAGAUUGCUCAAGUUAUUAGCUUUGCCAUUUGCACUUUCUCCCUCAUCUUGACUGAACAUUCGCGCAAUGAUGAACUUAAAAAAAAGAAUAUCAACGUGACCGACUGUCUUAAUUACCUGACGCCAAAGCCACAUUUUGAAGCACCUGUGUUCUCCAAUGACACUGAAAAUCUGAGCUUUGAAAAUUGCGGAAGUUGGAAAAAUGAGGGAGACAAUGCCAAAGCACCUUGGCGCAUCCAACUGGUAGACACCAAUGACACCCUCAAUAAUUGUGAUGGCAUCCUCAUCUCAGACAAGACUAUCAUCACCUAUUGGACGUCUACCUCGGUGUUUCAUUCAUUCAUGAGAGGAAAUGCACUGCGAAUUCACGGAGGCCCUUGUGAAAUGAGCAAUGAUACUGAAUCUUGCUUCAGAUUUUACAACAUUAACAGAAGAAGUGACUUAGGACUUCUCAGCGGCCAAAAGGUACUUGAUGUAAACCUUAUCAAUUUGAUCGGGCUACCAUUUCUAUACGUGUGGACGAUCACACCUUUGAAAUUAAGUGAUGGUUUGACACCAAUCUGCUUGUGGAACGAAGACAACUCGAGAGACGAGCAACUUCAAUACUUCGCACAAGAUGAAUUUGGAUCCACGACCAGCCUGGCAAUCGAUAACAAGAGUAACUACGUUGGUGCAGAGCAGUGUUACAUGGAACAUAAUAUGAUGCGGAUAGAGAUCUGCGAGGCAAUCAGAUUCUCGAUAUGCUUGAAUGUUAAAAGUGACCCCAAAUUGUUGGCUCCAACAUAUCUGCUGGUUCAAAAGGGGAGCCGCGUUUACUUGCGAGGACUCAAUACCUAUUAUUCCAGAGAGCGACAGUCGUGGAUAGACUUGCUUGUCAAAAUGGAAAGCUUGAUUGCGUAUUCGACCAAUUUAACCAUGACCAGAGCUUAGUUUUUUUUCUAACUUGGGCUCGCAGCGUUAUUUGCUAGUUAAGUAAAGGAGUGGACGGCAGCUUCAGUAAAUAAUAUACAUACAUACUAGAAAAUGCUUGUCUUUAAAUAUUUUUAUAUAAAUUGGUGCAAAAGUGGACUAAAUUGUGUCUUUAUAAAUAAAUAAAAAAUCCAAUGAUACUUUUAAUUGAA